GCAGACAACUUUAGUUUCGUAAACAUCUCGGAUUUCAUAGUUCGGACUUUUUGAUUGCGAUUGUGACUGACAUUUUUCUAGCUUCUAGGUGAAGUUAGAAACAUUAAUGCAAUAGAAAUUUAAACAAGGAAAUAUUGAGACAAGGAAGAUGAUAUUGAGAUCUCAACUAUCGAGGAUUUUUAUUCGUUUCGGAAAUGGGGCUAGAAUGCAAAGCGUUAAAGCAAGUAAUUUUCAGUUUCCAUUACUUCGAGCCAAACUAGAAACGAAUUUUUUAAAGAAAUUAAUUACCCGCCGAAUCUUCACAUCAUGUCAAUUAUUAGAAAUAAAGACAAUCCAAUCUCCCAAUUUUGGUAAAGCUGUGGAUGAGACUUAUUUUGACUUCAAAGAAUUGGAAUGGAAUGGAAGUUACCAGCAACGGGUUCAACAUUUCAUGGCAUUAAUGUGUGAAAUAUUUAAGCUUUCUGAGCAAGAGGCAGAGCAUAUUGUAGAGUUCUAUCCAUUUUUGUGGAAAGAAUUUUUUCACAAAACAUUUGCAUAUUUAAAAUCUAAAGGGUUGGAAAAGGAAACAUUUAUGCAAUACCCAUGGCUUAUAUCCAUAUCUCCUGAGGAAAUAAAUUCAAAGAUAGACAUCAUCUCAAAGACCUUCAAUGACUUACAAAAUGUCAAUGCUUGUGCAUGCUUGUUGAAGUUUCCAAAUGUAAAAAUUGAGAAACUUGUGUCUAAUUGGAAAAUGGAAGCUAUGGAGUGUGAACAGCCAUCAAAAUUUCAUUUCUUGGCACAUGCUUUGAAGGUUCCAAUUGGGGAAAUCAUGAAUCAACUAGAAACUAAAAGCUUCCUUAUGAGUAUGUCUUACUUGAGAAUUCAGGAAGGAGUAAAUAUUUGUCUGGAAGCUGGAGUGGAGAAAGAAGAUCUUUUAAAUGAUUUGUGGGUACUGCGAAACCGCCCUGUUAAAUUACGAAACCGUAUCGAGACUCUACAGCAAUCCAAGAUACCCGUAAAACCGUGGGUUCUUAGAGCGCGCAUCGAGUCUUUUAAAACUCAUAUUCAGGAAUAUUGGAAAGAGAGGAAGGAAAUUGAGCUUGAUCACAACUUAUCUUCAUACUUGGUCACCCGACUUAAGUGUGACCCUUCGGUUGUUGCAAGAAUGAUGAAAGUUUUCCCUAACUUACAGAGAGCUACAAUAAGAAAGGUUAAACCUAAUAUAGACUUUCUUUUGAUAGAUAAAUGUGUAGAUCCAAGCCUCAUUAUUAUGACCCCGCGACUGCUGUGUAUAAAACUUGAUACUUUGAAAGACCGCUUGGAGCAGUUAGAAAAAAAUAACAUCCAAUAUUCUUCACUAUGGAUGAUUGUUAGAUGUCAGCGUCACUUCGAUGAUUAUAUAAAAAGAUGGGAACCAAAGCGAAAUUAAAAAGAAUAUUGAUUAAAAAAAAAAUCAGAAUUCGUUUAUUCAAUAUACAUCAAAUAUCGUGGCAGUAGACAUCAACUGGUUAUUUAAGGCUCUUCAAAAUGGUUGCCUUGGAGAAAGAAACCGUUUUGCGAUACAUUUCUAACGAUAGAAAGUAAGCGGAUGGUUCUGUUAAUAGCUGGGGAGAUGAUCUCUUGUGUUAAUUGAAUUUUUGUCAACUUGGAAUUGGAAUUGUUAUUGGCCGCAUUUAACACGGAUAUCACGUAGUCGAAACAAUUGUUGUUAACUUCAUCAUAUCUAGGUGGACAUAAAUGGCGAAUUGAUAAAUGAAAUGUUUGUAAGAAAUCCCUUUUUUACAUGGCGUUGUAUAAAUAAAAUAUUACCUUUCUGCCGCCCAAGUAUCCAUGGUAAUGGUAUUUUCCAAAACUUUAUCUAAUUCCGAAAAUGCGUAAGGUAAU